UUGGGUUUCACUACCACCACUUCUCCAAGAAAUUUUUGGGCUCCGUCCCCCACCUUCUUCCCCUUCAUUUUCUGUUGUUUUUUUUCGUUCUUAUCUAACACUUGAUAUUAGCGUUACACAUCUGAUUUCUUGCAAGUAGAACGUCUUUUAUUGUGUUGUAAAGAUCAAAUAGGUUCAAGAAUUUGUAGACUUCCGGUCAAUUGACAAAACUCUCCAUCUAUGGAUUGAUAGGACAUAAACCUCACCCAGUAUUUUGAUUUUUAUCUGGAUCCUUUGGAGAAUGCCUUUUUACAGAAGUUCCUCAACCUCUGACACCAUCUCUUUGAAACAUUUAAGGAUCUUUAAAAAAGCUUCAACUCAACCAGCCUUGUCUCAACUAUUAUGGGGUUGGAUACAUGAACCCUGUUCUUCAUUCUGCUCUAUUCGGUACCAUAUCUAAUUCAGGAUCCAUGUUCACAAGGGCUUUGAAUUCUGGCUAUGGAUGGUUGCAGAGUUAUUUCUAAAAAAAGCUUCAUUCACAGCUCUGUCAUCUUUUAGAUGCAAUCAUGUACUCUUGGUACAUUACAAUAGAAAUCUGCAUCCUAGUCUCACCAUCAUCAGAUAAUUUUCUUCUGUUACUUAUAUGGGACUGAGAGUAGAAGUCUUUAACGAAGUGUUUAGUUCUGCUUAUGAGUAAAUCUGUCCUACCAAGUAGUUGGGCUAUAUGCUAUUUCUGCCAGUUGAAGGUUCUGAUAGAGUUAUUGAAUGAUAUUUCAAAUGUUCAACUAUAAACAACACCUGCUAUAGGUGAUAAGUCAUUCACCAUUUAUUGGCCAGAGGUUGAGUUUGAUGCAUACUCGAUGUGCUUGGCACUGUUACCUUUUAGGACUUCUGAUGAUUGAGGGCAUCAAAAUGUUGAAGUUGUAGGUGAAGUACCAAGUUAGAAAACUGAUUGAAGAACAUAACCUAUCUCCAGAAACCAUGGCAGAGGAAGAUAUAUAUACUAAAGAUGGCACAACAGAUUUCCGAAACAAACCUGCUAUCAAAAAGGAAACAGGAACCUGGAAAGCUUGCCCCUAUAUCCUAGGCAAUGAAUGCUGUGAACGACUUGCAUACUAUGGGAUGAGCACCAAUCUGGUGAAUUAUCUCAAAUUUCAACUCCACCAACAUAAUGUUGUUGCAGCAAAUAAUGUCACAAAUUGGUCUGGCACAUGCUACAUCACACCACUGAUUGGAGCCUUUCUAGCAGAUUCUUACUUGGGAAGAUACUGGACGAUUGCCAGUUUCUCCAUCAUCUAUGUUUGUGGGAUGACAUUGUUGACAUUGUCAGCAUCUGUCCGUGGAUUAAAACCAAAUUGUGAAAAAGAUGUUUGCCACCCAACGGAGGCACAAAGUGCAGUUUGCUUUGUCGCGCUUUACCUGGUUGCUCUGGGGACAGGAGGGAUUAAGCCAUGUGUUUCAUCCUUUGGUGCAGAUCAGUUUGAUGAUACUGAUGAGGUUGAGAAGAAAUAUAAGAGUUCUUUCUUUAAUUGGUUCUAUUUUUCAAUCAACAUUGGUGCCCUCCUCGCCGCCUCUGUUCUGGUGUGGAUACAAACGAAUGUUGGCUGGGGAUGGGGAUUUGGCAUUCCAGCAGUGGCAAUGGCAAUUGCAGUUAUGAGUUUCUUCUCUGGUACCCGGUUGUAUCGGAACCAGAAGCCUGGGGGCAGCCCCCUGACACGCUUCUGCCAGGUGGUGGUUGCAUCCUUUCGGAAAUUUCAAGUUAAAGUGCCAUCUGACAAGUCUCUUCUUUAUGAGACUGCAGAUGUUGAAUCUGUUGUCAAGGGAAGUCGCAAACUCGAUUAUACAGAACAAUUCAGUUUCCUUGACAAAGCAGCAGUGCAGACAGAGACAGAUCAUAUAAAGGGCUUUGCGAAUCCAUGGAGACUCUGCACAGUUACCCAAGUUGAGGAACUCAAGGCCAUUAUACGGUUGCUUCCUAUUUGGGCCACUGGCAUCAUGUUUUCAACUGUAUACAGUCAGAUGGGCACCUUGUUUGUCUUGCAAGGCAACACUAUGGACCUUCACAUGGGCCCUCAUUUUCAGAUCCCCUCAGCCUCACUGUCCAUCUUUGACACCAUCAGUGUUAUAUUCUGGGUCCCUAUCUAUGACCGCAUCAUUGUUCCAUAUGCCAGAAAAUUCACUGGCCACAAAAACGGUUUUACUCAACUCCAAAGGAUGGGAAUUGGUCUUGUCAUCUCCAUCUUUGCCAUGUUGUCUGCUGGCAUUCUGGAGCUAGUGAGACUCCGAAUGGUGAGAAGGCACAACUACUAUGACCUUGAUCAUGUGCCCAUGUCAAUAUUUUGGCAGGUCCCUCAAUACUUCCUUGUAGGAUGUGCUGAGGUGUUCACCUUUAUUGGCCAGUUGGAAUUCUUUUAUGAACAAGCACCUGAUGCUCUAAGGAGUUUGUCCUCUGCAAUCUCCCUUACCACAGUUGCACUAGGAAACUAUUUGAGCACUCUACUUGUUACCAUUGUUACUGAUGUGACCACAAGGCAUGGGAAGCUUGGCUGGAUACCAGACAACUUGAACAAGGGCCAUCUCCACUACUUCUUUUGGCUCUUGGCCAUAUUGAGUGUGCUGAACUUGGGAGCUUAUCUCUUGGUUGCGAGGUGGUUCACAUACAAGAGGGCAGUAGGGACCUUGCGCUGAUAUCAGUGUCAUGAUCUUCUCAUCUAUUUGGUAUGAGCAAUGUGUGGAAUAGUUGUCUUGUUUUGGGCUGUGAAGGGCUCAGUGUUUGUAAAUUUCUCAGGUGUUAUUGUUUACUUUUCUAGUGAAGCUGAAAAAUAUUUCCCUUGUUGAAUUCCUAAAGUGAAGGGAGUUCCAUAACAAAAUGGAUUCUCAACUGGGUUAUCAAAGUAUAUGCAAUUACAGUCUGGGUUCUAUUACAAGGACAAAAGUUAUUUCUUUUUA